AUGAGUUGUCCGAGGUUCACUAAUGCUGUAUCGCAUCGCGGUGUUGAGCAACGGGAGACGGGGGACGCGUCCGUUAGGCUGAAAGGCAAAGCGAGUGGCAUAGCGGCAAUGCGAUCAGUGAGUGACUCAAAGCCAUCUCUACCCAUCAUGCCUGCUGGACCCGACGAGACCGACAACCACCCGGUUGGUGCUGUUACUGAGCACGUAGCCAAAACGGCGAGCAGUAAGACCGAGAGCAACGCCAGCACCCAUCCUCUCCAUCAACAGGAGCCUCCUAAGGGGGAUAAAGUCGAAUUCAUCUACAGCUCAGGCAAGCCAGGUCCAGCUGAAUCCGACAAGCUUGCAGGUAUUCAGCAAGAAGGUACUAAGGAAGAGCGGGAGGCUCGGACCAAGGAGUUGAACAAGUAA